AGACGACGGGUAGAAAAGAUGAGAUCGAACUCUCUCUACGGUAUUCAGUCUAGCUAGCCCAAUAGUAGCGAGAGCAAACGGAGUGAUGGCUCUGAGUCGUCUCCAGCUCCUCAAGCCUCCGCAUCCCUCUCCAUUAUUAUUCCCCACCAUCUCAUCUCCUCCUCGUCUUCUCUCCCAGUCCCGCUCGCUUGCCAAGGGCUUCUCCACCCGUCGUCUCUUCUGCUCCCAAUCGGAUGGGUCGCUCGAGGAUUCGGGCGCGGGGGAGAGCUCUCCGUCUAUAGUGGGCGAUCUUCUGGAUUACCUCAAUGAAUCUUGGACUCAGUUUCACGCCACUGCUGAAGCGAAAAGGCAACUGAUUGCAGCUGGAUUCCGUUUGCUAAAUGAGAACGAUGAUUGGGACCUGCAGCCGGGAGGGCGCUACUUCUUCACGCGGAACAUGUCCUCUUUGGUUGCUUUUGCAGUCGGAGAAAAAUACAAUGUUGGCAGUGGGUUUCAUGUAAUUGCUGCUCACACAGAUAGCCCAUGCUUGAAACUGAAGCCCAGAUCUGCAUCCUCCAAGUCUGGGUUUCUGAUGGUAAAUGUGCAGACAUACGGAGGAGGCCUAUGGCACACAUGGUUCGAUAGAGAUCUAAGUGUAGCUGGAAGAGUUAUCCAAAAAGCUAGUGAUGGUUCCUUUGUGCAUAAGCUUGUCAGAGUGAGGAGACCUUUACUGCGUAUACCAACACUGGCCAUACAUCUUGACCGCACAGUGAACACAGAAGGGUUCAAACCAAACUUUGAGAGUCACCUUGUUCCACUCCUGGCAACAAAACUUGAGGAGGCACAAGUGAAAUCUGAAGACAAAAAGUCUUUAUCAAUCUCUUCAAAAAGUGUCCAUCAUUCACUGCUGUUGCAGGUGUUAUCUGAGGAACUUGGAUGCAAUGUUGAUGAAAUAAUGGGUAUAGAGUUAAAUGUUUGUGAUACACAGCCUGGCUGUCUUGGAGGUGGAAAUAAUGAAUUUAUCUUCUCUGGUAGACUUGACAAUCUUGCUUCGAGUUAUUGUGCACUCAGAUCUCUUCUGGAUUCAUGUAAGUUUCCUGGAGAUUUAGCCAAUGAGCAGGCUAUCAGAAUGGUUGCUUUAUUUGAUAAUGAAGAGGUGGGAUCAAACUCAAUACAAGGAGCAGGCGCACCAACCAUGUUCCAGGCCAUGAGACGCAUUGUUGAUUGCUUAGCUCAGGAUUACAUAGGAGAGGGUGCUUUUGAACGUGCGAUACGUUCAUCUUUUCUUGUAUCGGCCGACAUGGCACAUGGUCUGCACCCAAACUUUUCAGAUAAAUAUGAAGAACACCACAGGCCAGAGCUACAAAAGGGGCUUGUUAUCAAACAUAAUUCUAACCAGCGCUAUGCCACGAGUGCAGUAACUGCCUUUCUUUUCAAGGAAGUGGCAAAUAUUCAUAACCUCCCUGUUCAGGAGUUUGUUGUAAGAAAUGAUAUGGGAUGUGGAUCUACUAUAGGCCCCAUACUUGCUUCUGGGGUUGGUAUCCGAACUGUAGAUUGUGGCAUUCCUCAGCUGUCCAUGCACAGCGUGCGGGAGAUAUGCGGCAAAGAAGAUGUGGAUAUCGCUUACAAACAUUUCAUGGCCUUCUUCCAAUCUUUCUCCGACAUCGAUAGGAAGCUAAGCGUGGAUUUUUAGGUGAUAUCACAGGUUUCCUUCUCUAUGUUGUUUCAAACUAUUCAUAGUUGCAGUAAAAUCAAAUUGUUUAGCAUGUAGAUUUUUUCGUCCCUGUUGGCACCGUUUCACAUAGAACGAAGAGAAGAAAUUCUUGUAGCAAAGCUAGAUUUGAUUACACAACUAUAUAUAACUGCUCUGUGGCAAAAGAGA